AUGUCGGAAUCUCAGACAAACCGGCCGCAUCGUGCGACCAAGGAGAAGAAGGCCGCGCAUACUGGUGAUCGGAACCCAAAAGCUUUUGCCUUUUCACGCCCUGGAAAACUGCAGAGGCAGGCUGCUCGCUCUCAUGAUGUCAAAGAGAAGCGAUUGCACGUUCCCUUGGUGGAUCGCUUGCCCGAAGAAGCCCCUCCCAUCGUCGUCGGCGUUGUCGGUCCUCCUGGCGUAGGCAAGACAACACUCAUCAAAUCCCUCGUCCGAAGAUACACGAAGCAACCCAUCACCCAGCCCGUCGGUCCUAUCACUGUCGUCACGUCCAAGAGGAGGCGUCUCACAUUCAUGGAGUGUCCGGCCGAGUCGCUGGCUGCCAUGAUGGAUGUGGCCAAGGUUGUCGACAUCGUGCUGCUCAUGAUCGACGGAAACUACGGAUUCGAGAUGGAGACAAUGGAGUUCCUGAACGUCUUGUCUUCCAGCGGUAUGCCCGGUAACGUCUUCGGUAUUCUGACCCACCUGGAUCUCUUCCGCAAACAGGAGGCCCUCAAAGCGCAGAAGAAGCGUCUCAAGCACCGUUUCUGGAGCGAAUUGUACUCCGGAGCCAAGCUGUUCUAUCUUUCUGGUGUCGUCAACGGCAGAUACCCCGACCGCGAGGUUCUGAACCUCUCGCGCUUCUUGUCCGUCAUGAAGAAUCCUCGACCCCUUGUCUGGCGCAACAGCCAUCCUUACGCUCUUGCCGACCGAUUCCUCGACAUUACCCCACCUACCAAGGUAGAAGAAGACCCCAAGUGCGAUCGAACCGUCGCUUUAUACGGUUACCUCCGUGGUACAAACUUCCCUGCCAAUGGAGCAAGAGUCCACGUGCCCGGUGUUGGUGAUCUCAGUGUCUCCAACAUCGAGGCCCUGCCUGACCCGUGUCCUACUCCGUUCCUGGAUCAAGCAAUCGCCAAAGCCACUGGCAAAUCGGGCAGAAGAAGGCUAGGAGAAAAACAAAAGCUCAUCUACGCUCCCAUGUCUGAUGUUGGUGGUGUUCUUGUGGAUAAAGACGCCGUCUACGUUGAUAUCAAGAGUCAGACCUUUGAUCCUGAGGAUGAUGAACAAGAGCGAGGACUUGGAGAACAAAUGGUCGUUGGGUUACAGGCCGGCCGCAAGCUACUCGGCCAGAGCGAGGGAGGCCUGCAGCUGUUCGGUGACGGCGAGAAGCUGACUGGCGACGACAUUGGCCGUAAAUCUGCUCGUGUUCUGUCAAGAAGAAUCGACGAUGACGAGGCCAGUCCAGAGGACGAGGGCUUUGAAAGCGGCGACGACGAAGAGGAGGAAGAGUACCAGAGUGGUGACUCCGACGCUGAUGAGGAUGCUGACGAAGACAUGCUUGUUCCUGCUCCCAAGCGCAGAGACGCCAGCCCUGACGCCGCCGGCGAAGAGAUUGCUUUCGCAGAUAGUGAUUCCGACCUUGGUUCCAUGUCUGAAGCGGAAGACGUAAGCGAUCCAGAAGACUACGACGAAGAUGCUGAAUACAGCGAAGACGAAGAUGGUAACCUUCGCUGGAAGAAGAAUAUGACCGAGCGUGCCGCUGCCCUUCAUCAACGCAGGAUCCCGUACCGUACUGUCGAGCUUGCCCGUCUGCUGUACAAUGACAUGCUAUCCACAGCUCAAGUCCUACGACAAUGGCGUGGUGAAGACGACGAGACUGACGACGUCGGAGACGAGGAAGAGGAGGACUUGUUCGAAAAGAAGAAGCCCACAGAAGCCGACGCCGCACUCGACCGUCAUAUUCCAGUAUAUAACAGAACCGAGCUAGAGGCUAAAUGGACUGACGACGAAAAUCUGGAAGCUAUCCGUUCAAGAUUCGCUUCGGGUCAUAUGCUCAACGGAGGAGGCGACGAGGACGACUCUGAAGCCGAAUUCAAUGGUAUCGAAGAUGAAGACGACGAGGGCGACGGUGCCUUUGAGGACCUGGAGACCGGAGAAGUACACGGCACCGAAGACGAGGCUCAGACCAAUGGUGGCAAUGGCGAAGAAGAACCGGACCUGGAUGCCGAACGUGAGCGCAACGCCAGGAGAAAGGAAGAGCUCAAGCUUCGCUUCGAAGAGGAAGACAAAGAGGGCUUCGCGAACGACAAGGGCAAUGCUCAGCGUGAGACUGGCGAUGAUGAGUUCGGCGAAGACGACUGGUAUGAUGCACAGAAAGCUCUCAUCCAGAAACAGCUCGACAUCAACCGCUCAGAAUUCGACGCCUUGGACGAGCAAUCUCGUGUACGAGUAGAGGGCUACAAAGCAGGAACAUACGCUCGUAUCGUUCUGGAGAAUGUGCCCUGCGAAUUUGUGGAGAAGUUCAACCCACGUUUCCCUGUCCUCAUCGGCGGUCUAGCACCUACCGAGGACCGCUUUGGUUACGUUCAGAUCCGAAUCAAGCGUCAUAGAUGGCACAAGAAGAUCCUCAAGACCAACGAUCCUCUCAUCUUUUCUCUUGGUUGGAGACGUUUUCAGAGCAUGCCCAUGUACAGCAUCUCAGACUCCAGAACGAGGAAUCGUAUGCUCAAGUACACGCCUGAGCACAUGCAUUGUUUCGGAACCUUCUACGGACCACUCAUUGCGCCCAACACCGGUUUCUGCUGCGUCCAGUCUUUCUCGAACAAAAACCCUGGAUUCCGAAUUGCCGCCACUGGUGUAGUAUUGAACGUCGAUGAGUCGACUGAGAUUGUCAAAAAGCUCAAGUUGACCGGCCACCCAUACAAGAUCUUCAAGAACACUGCCUUCAUCAAGGAUAUGUUUAGUACCUCUCUCGAGAUUGCCAAGUUCGAAGGUGCUAGUGUACGUACAGUUUCUGGUAUCCGUGGUCAGAUCAAGAAGGCGCUCAGCAAGCCUGAAGGCAACUUCCGUGCCACGUUCGAAGACAAGAUCCUCAUGUCAGACAUUGUCUUCCUGAGAGCAUGGUACCCAGUCAAGCCCCACCGCUAUUACAACCCGGUUACCAACUUGCUGGACGCCGAUAUAAACAACGAGGGUUGGCAGGGCAUGCGUCUGACUGGCCAAGUCCGUCACGCUCUCGACAUUGCUACUCCAAAGGACAAAAAUUCUGCUUAUCGUACCAUUGAGCGCCAAGAGCGUCACUUCAACCCUCUACGUGUGCCUCGUAAGGUAGCCGCGGAGCUGCCUUUCAAGUCUCAGAUCGUACAGAUGAAGCCACAGAAGAAGGAGACCUAUAUGCAGAAACGUGCUGUCGUCGCUGGCAAGGACGAGAAGGAGGCUAGAAGACUAUUGCAACAGGUCCAAACGCUGAGAAACGAGAAGGUCGCUAAGCGUCGUGCUAAGCAAGAGGAACGCAAGCAGCCUUACCGUGCCAAGGUUGCUGAGAAUAUCGAGAAGAGAGCCGAGAGAGAGAAGAGGGAGAAAGAAGAGUACUGGCGUAGGGAAGGCAAGAAGAGAAAGGGCUGGAACGAUGGUGAAGGUGGCGGCGGUGGCAAGAGAAGAAAGGGUUGA